UUGUGCGACGGGGCAUGGGAAGACAAUGUUAAGCGCGUGUCUCCCGCAAUCUGUGUCCGCCGUUUGCACGCUUCCAUGCCGUGGUCGAUGGUAACGGAGCCGGGGGGGGGUGAGGUCGCCUUGCAGUUCGUGCUGGCGGGAUGGUGAGGACGCGGCGCCCCGGGCCAGGCCGGCACGGCCCUUCCCCUCGGACUGAACACGCGUGUCGCCGUCCCCGCCUUGACGGUCAUUCCUCCGCCCGAUCCCCAUUUCAGCACCGCUGUCUAUGCAGGACGCACCUCGUCACCAUCCCCGUCCAGAUUUCUGUUCUCCCUGCCUCUUUCUCUUUUCUUUGCGCAUGGGGGACGUCUGCGUUCUCAUCUUUCGCACAGCGUCCCCCUCUCUCUCCCCAAAGCGUCCUCCGCCCGUGCGUUACUGCCUUUCCCCCCGCGGAAGAUGGCGGUCGGGAUGCAGACGAGGAGACUGAGGAGCAGCCGCAUAGCCCGACGGGCGCGUUAGGAGAGCCAGGAUCGCGCUCACCGACAUGGCUUUUUGGGGCUACUUUUCACCACAGUCGCCGAUUAACUCGCCGCGAUCCGGCUCGCCUUUUUAGGGGGGAUCUGGUGCACUUCGUCGAGACCCGCCGCCGCCGUCGGAUCCUACCGGAGGGCUGGAGGGGGGAGGACAAAAAGUGGAUAAAAAAUGUCAGACACGAAGGUAAAAGUUGCAGUUCGUGUCCGGCCGAUGAAUCGGAGAGAGAUUGAGCUCAACACAAAAUGUGUCCUGGAGAUGGAAGACAACCAGACCAUCCUGCACCCGCCGCCCUCCAACGCCAAGGGAGAAAACAGGAAACAGACCAAGGUGUUUGCCUUUGAUUACUGCUUCUGGUCCAUGGAUGAGUCCAACGUCCCCAAAUAUGCAGGUCAGGAGGUCGUGUACCAGUGUCUUGGGGAAGGAAUUCUUGAAAAUGCCUUUCAAGGAUACAACGCCUGCAUCUUCGCCUACGGACAAACAGGCUCUGGGAAGUCCUUUUCCAUGAUGGGCAGUGUGGACCAGCCGGGCCUGAUUCCCCGGCUCUGCUGCAGGCUCUUUGAGAGGGUCUCACAGAACUGCAGCGAGACUCUCUCCUUCAAAGUGGAGGUGUCCUACAUGGAGAUCUACAACGAGAAGGUCCGGGAUCUGCUGGACCCCAAAGGGGGCCGCCAGUCCCUGAAAGUCCGAGAGCACAAGGUCCUGGGCCCCUACGUGGACGGGCUCUCGCAGCUGGCUGUCACCAGCUUUGAGGACAUCGAGUCGCUGAUGUCAGAGGGGAACAAAUCCCGCACGGUCGCCGCUACCAACAUGAACGAGGAAAGCAGCCGGUCGCACGCCGUCUUCAGCAUCAUUGUCACACAGACGCUCUACGACCUGCAGUCUGGGAACUCGGGCGAGAAGGUGAGCAAAGUGAGCCUGGUGGACCUGGCGGGAAGUGAGCGCGUGUCCAAGACGGGGGCGGCGGGCGAGAGACUAAAGGAGGGCAGCAACAUCAACAAGUCCCUGACAACCCUGGGCUGCGUCAUCUCUGCCUUGGCAGACCAGUCGGCGGGGAAGGGGAAGCCUAAGUUUGUACCCUACAGGGACUCUGUCCUCACCUGGCUGCUCAAGGACAACCUCGGGGGUAACAGCAAGACGGCGAUGAUCGCCACAGUCAGCCCGGCGGCCGACAACUACGAGGAGACGCUGUCCACCCUGCGCUACGCCGACCGCGCCAAGAGGAUCGUCAACCACGCCGUGGUCAACGAGGACCCCAACGCCCGCAUCAUCCGCGAGCUCCGCGAGGAGGUGGAAAAGCUGAAGGAGCAGCUGUCCCAGGCUGAGUCCCUGAAAGCCCCAGAGCUGCAGGAGAAGCUGCAGGAGUCUGAGAAGCUGAUCCAGGAGAUGACCAUCACCUGGGAGGAGAAGCUGAGGAAGACUGAGGAGAUCGCGCAGGAACGGCAGAAGCAGCUGGAGAGCAUGGGGAUCUCCUUGGAGUUGUCAGGGAUAAAGGUUGGGGAGGACAAGUGCUUCCUCGUCAACUUGAACGCUGACCCCGCCCUCAACGAACUCCUGGUCUACUACCUGAAGGAGCACACGUUGGUGGGGGCCGACACCUCCCAGGACAUCCAGCUGUUCGGCAUCGGGAUCCUGCCGGACCACUGCAUGCUGGACAUGAGCCCGGACGGGGACGUGACCCUCACCCCCAUGGAGAACGCCAGGACCUGUGUGAACGGCACUGUGAUCUACUCCACGACUCACCUGUGGCACGGGGACCGAAUCCUGUGGGGAAACAACCACUUCUUCAGGGUCAGUCUACCCAAGAGGAAGAGGCGGGACCGCUUGAAGGAGGCGGACAGGGGCUCUCCGCGAGACAGUCUGGUGGAGCAGGACGUGGAGACGGCCAGCGAGGCCUCGUCCGAACAGGACUACAGCUACGAGUUUGCCCAGACGGAGGUCAUGAUGAAGGCCCUGGGGAACAAUGACCCUAUGCAGAACGUGGUCCAGAUACUGGAGAAGCAGUACCUGGAGGAGAAGCGCACGGCCCUGGAGGAACAGCGCAUGAUGUACGAGCGCGAGCUGGAGUCGCUACGGCAACAGCUGUCUCCCGAGCGGCCGCCCCCCCACCUGCGCUGCGGCGCUGACCGCCUGGCCUUCCCCACCCACGUGGCCCACGGCAAGAUCCGACUGUGGUCUGAGGAACGGGACGAGCUGUUCCGGCAGAGCCUGUCCCGGCUGCGGGAGCAGGUGGUGAGGGCCAACUCGCUGGUGCGGGAGGCCAACUUCCUGGCGGAGGAGAUGAGCAAGCUGACGGACUACCAGGUCACCCUGCAGAUCCCCGCUGCCAACCUCAGCGCCAACCGCAAACGGGGGGCCAUCGUGAGCGAGCCUGCCAUCCAGGUGCGCCGGCGGGGCAGAGGGACACAAGUCUGGACCAUCGAGAAGCUGGAGAACAAGCUAGUGGACAUGCGGGACCACUACCAGGAAUGGAAGGAAGGGGUAGAAGACGUGUACAGCAAGCUGAACAACAAACGUGGGGACCCUUUCUACGAGGCACAGGAGAACCACAACCUCAUCGGCGUCGCCAACGUCUUCCUCGAGUGCCUUUUUCACGACAUCAAGCUGCAGUAUGCUGUUCCCAUCAUCAGCCAGCAGGGGGAGGUUGCGGGCCGUCUGCACGUGGAACUGAUGCGGGUCAGCGGCACCGUUCCGGAGCGUCUGUCUGGGGGGGACGACUCGUCGGAGAACUCCAGUGAGAGCGGCAGCUACGAGGUCAUGGACAGCAACGGGGAGGUGGUGCACAUGGCCAGGAAGCUGACCUGCAGGGUGCGGAUUAAAGAAGCUACUGGGCUCCCUCUUGACCUGUCCAACUUCGUCUUCUGUCAGUACACCUUCUGGGAGCAGGCGGAGCCCACUGUGGCCCCGCCCAUGGUCAGCCCAGACAUGCCCACUCCCCGCACGCCAGACUCCCAGUUCACCGUUCGCUUCGACCACUGCACGGAUUACAUCGUUCACGUGACGGAGGAGUUCCUGGAGUUCAUCUCGGAGGGCGCCCUGGCCAUCGAGGUGUGGGGCCACCGCUGUGCCGGAAACGGCCGUUCCCAGUUCGAGGUGGAUGCUCUGCAGGCCAAGAGCAGGACCCUCAGAGACCGGUGGAGUGAGGUUUCCCGCCGCAUAGAGCUCUGGGCGUCCAUCCAGGAGCUGAACGAGCAGGGCGAGUACGCUGCCGUGGAGCUGUACCCCUCCAAGGACCUCAGCACUGGGGGCGUCUUCCAGCUCAGACAGGGUCACUCUCGGAGGCUUCAGGUCAGCGUGAAGCCGGUGCACCAGUCCGGCACUCUGCCCCUGCUGGUGGAGGCCAUCCUAUCCAUCUCCAUCGGCUGCGUAUCUGUCCGCUCCACCAAACUGCAGAGACCUCUGGACAGCUACCAGAAGGAGGAGGAUAUCGAUAUGGAUAGUUACCAGGAGGAGGACCUGAACUGUGUGCGUGAGCGCUGGUCGGAGGCCCUCAUCAAGCGCAGGGAGUACCUGGAUGACCAGAUCAAGAGGAUCAUCAACAAGCACGAGAAAUCAGAGGAGGACAUUGAGCGGGAGGCGCGGCUGGUGGAGCAGUGGGUGGGGCUGACGGAGGAGAGGAAUGCCGUGCUGGUGCCAGCCCCUGGCAGUGGCAUCCCCGGAGCCCCGGCGCACUGGACACCCUGUGCCGGGAUGGAGCCACACAUUCCUGUACUCUUCCUGGACCUCAACGCAGGCGAUCUGACGGUGAAUGGUCAGCUGAGUGGCCCCCCCACUGCUGGGGUGAACUCCAUCCUGCCCAAAGAGCAUGGCAGCCCUUUCUUCUACCUCCCAAUUAUCCGGCACAGCGACGACGAGGUAUCUGCUGUCUGCUCCUGGGACUCGUCCAUCCAUGACUCUGUCCACCUGAACCGCGUCACUUCGCCCAACGAGCGCAUCUACCUGAUCGUCAAGGCGACGGUGCAGCUCAGCCACCCGGCCUCAGUGGAGCUGGUGCUGCGCAAGAGGAUCGCGGUCAACAUCUACAACAAGCAGAGCUUCACCCAGAGCCUGAAGAGGCGCAUGUCGCUGAAGAACGUGCUGUAUUCCUGCGGCGUGACCUACGAGAUCGUCUCCAACAUACCAAAGGCAUCAGAGGAGCCGGAGGAGAGGGAGACGCUGGCCUUGAUGGCGGCGCGCGGCGAGGCGGAGGGAGCGCAGGACGGGGAGACGUACAUCGAGAAAUAUACACGAGGGGUCUUGGAGGUGGAGAACAUCCUGAGUCUGGAGAGGCUGCGGCAGGCUGUCACCGUGAAGGAGGCCCUGGCAGCCAAAGGCAGACACAUGCGGCGCAGCGUCAGCACACCCAACGUCCAGAACGCCUCGUCCAGCAGGAUCGACCUGACCGCCUGCGACGAUGAGGAUUUCAAGGGACGCUGCGAGAGCCAGCUGGACUUUCCAGACACAUGUCUGCAGGAAGGGGCACUCUGCGGGACUGGCACCAAGGAAUCACCCCUGAAGAGCAAGGACAACCAAGGCUCAGUCCCGGAGAGCCCCACGCUUCCCUCCAGCCCCUUCAAGGCCCUCUCCUCCCAGCCGCCCAAAUUCCUCAAGGCCUUGAUGCCUCUGAAGGAAGAGAAUAAGGCCAAGAAGUCACUGGAGGCCCGGCCGCUGUUAGGCCAGGAGUUGCAGAGCAUGCGCCGUCUCGUGGAAAGCGCUGCGCCGGUCCCUCACUGCCCCCGGCGACGGCCCAGGGCGGAGAGUGAGGGCCGCAGCAGCAGGCAGCUCAGUCUCAGUAACACACACCAACACACCACUGAUUCCGAGGAGGAGACUGACGGGGACACGCCCUCUGGUCACCCGGCCCGCCUGGGAGUGGAUUUCUGCUUGCCAGAGUUCCAGCGAUUCCAGCCCUACGUGCCGGAGAGCUUUGCAGACUUCGAUGUGUACAACGCCAGCCUGGAGGGCUCGUCUGUGGCAGCGCCCCCUGGUGGUGGGGCCGGGGUGGCAGGCUGUGAGAAAGCGGUGUCGCGGAGCCCCACGGUCAGCAGCUGCACCAGCGGCUACUUCUCCCACAGCGGCUCCAAUGUGACGCUGUCCGACGCCGCCGCCUUCACCGCCAGUGACAGCCUGGACCAGCUGAGCGGACCCGGGCGUGACCUGCAGGACGAGCGCGCAUCACUCCACACCAAAAGUGCCUCGGGGGGAGACUGGCUGAGCACUGGCCACACGCCCCCACCCCACAGCCAGCGCCCCUCAGCCGCCCCGCCUCUCCCGUCCCCCACCAGCACAGGUGGCCCCCCAGACAUUCCCGGGGAGUGCAGUCUCAGCAUCAGCCAGGAGUUCACGGACUUCCAGGGCGCUGAAGAGGGUGCAGCCAUGGACAGCUGGCAGUCCGCAGCAGGCGGGAGCUCCGGGCACCACGCCGCCGGGACCGCGGUGCAGCGGCAGCUGCACAACGGCAAGGAGACUCGCGUGCGCCCGGCCUCUCCCACGUGCCACGUCGGGGCCGACCCGUUUGCGGACGAGCCUGGCCGGGCGGCGGCGUGGUCCAGCGGGGACGAAGGCUUGCCGGCCACCCAGCUCCCGGACUGGAUGGCCCCCGGGGAGCCGGUGUGGGUGGGCAAAAAGAGCGGCAUAGUGCACUAUGUGGGCGGGGUGGAGUUUGCCCCAGGCAUCUGGGUGGGCGUGGAGCUGGACCUCCCUGCUGGCAAGCACAACGGCACGGUGCAGGGCCGGGCGUACUUCCGCUGCCCGGCUGGCCGCGGCGUCUUCGUCAAGCCCUCCCGCCUGUCCCGCGACUCCCCUUCCACGUGUGACGGGGACGGCGGCGCGGCCUCCCGCUCACCCAGGCCCCGCGAAAAGCACCGCAGUGCCACCCUCCCCACCCGGCGAGCAGAGCAAAGGACAGGGGGCCGGCGGGGCUUUCGAGAAGGAGCUCAGAACCGCCGCACGUCCUGGAAUAGCUGAACAGCAGUGUUCCGGCGUCAUUCGCAUCCCCACCGCCAUUUUGCACUCCAGUGUAGUCGAGUCACAUGAUAUAUCUACUCAAUGUGUUUUUUCUUUUUCUUUUAAUUUUUUUAAACAGAUCUUAAUUUUAUAAAAAUGUAUUCAAGUAAAUCUGUUUGUUUGAAUAUGUUAAAUAGGAUGCAGCGGUUUUUUUAUUUUAAUCUUUGACACAUGCUCAGUUGUACACUGAGAGCUACACACAGACUGACGAGGGCUUCCACAGUUUUUUUUUUUCUUUUCUUUUUUCUUUGACACAAGUGUUACAGCUUCCUGCGAGAGAUUUUGAGUCAGAAACACAACAUCCUUUGAGGGGGAGGCGAUACUUCCUGAGCAAAUGGAACGUGCUGCUGUUUGCCUGUCAUUGCUGGUAGCCCGAGUCUUUGAAAGUUGUAUGAAUCACCAAAGACCUGAUGUCUCAUAUCUGCUGUCCCAUUGAUGACAAAGUUUGCGUGGUUGUGUGCGAGGCAUUGUCCAGUAUCUGUGUAUAAACACACACACACACACACACACACACACACACACAAGUUCAAAUCAUAACUUCUGAUCCAGCUUCAGUGAUGAAGCUCUUAGAUCCAGCUGACCACUGUGUGGCCGGUCACUAAUGAAUGCGCCUGAAGAGUUCUCACCAAAUCUGGUUUUCGUCUUAUCCCCCUGGAUCAUUACACACCAAACUUGAGAUGGCUGAUUUAGUCUGAUGGCUUCGUUGCCUUACAGCCCCGUCGCUACGGAAACACGAGGGGUUCUUGAUUGUUGCAUGGAUGUUCCCUGAAGCCACACUCAACCAUAUGUGGGCCAUGUCCAUCAUACGUGUCAAAGGUGAGGUGGUGAGGUGCUGUGGCUGAAAUGCCAUUCAGCUGCUACCGAGUGACAAACUAUGAUGUCAUCAUGAUGUCAUAAAGGUACUCAUGUCUAUAAAUUUAUAGUUGUGGGAUUUUGGCAAUUAUGUCUGUUGGAGAAGAGCAGUAUCGGGAAAUGUUUAUAAUGUCCACAUGAAUGGGUGUGUGUGUGUGCCUGUUUUAUAUUCAGAACUAUGUAAAAUCUUCUGCACUCUGCUUAAAACUAAUAUUUUUGGAUGAAUUAUUUUAGUGUAAAGACAUGUGGAACUGAGAAUGCAGAAGAAUGAUUGGUUGGCUUGGUGUAGCGUUUAACAAGUAGUUUGAAGGGAAAUGCCCUGUACCUUUAAAUAAGAGAGAGAAACUGCUUUGCUGGGUGAGGACUUGUAAAUAAGCCCUAUGGCAGUGUUUCCCAAUCAGGUCCUCAGAGAUGCACAGACAGUCCAUGUGGAGACUCUGGCAGGGAGCGAAAACGUGUCCCGUCAAUGGGCCUCCGAGAACCAUGUUGGGGAAACACUGCCCUAUCGCAAAAUAGUGUUUACUAUAUUAUAAUGUACAGAACUGUAAUUUAUAAGAUAUCAGUCAACUGUAUUUAAUUGAUGCAGAAGUCUUUUAGAAUACAGAACGUUUACAAUCCAAA